ACCGGAAAAAGCACCGCUCGAGUCGCUGCCGCUUUGAGUUUGGACCGCCGGAGGAGUCCCAGCCAUGCCCGCCCCGCCGGCCCGCAUUUGGGAGCUCCGGGCUGCGCUGCUCUGCGCCCUACUCUGCGCGCCAGGCUUGCUCCCCAGCCAGGCAGGGGAAUGUAAAGAUCUGGAGUCAUGUAAACAGUGCACUGAAGGUUCUCCUUCCCAGAAUAUUACAAACUGCAUUUGGAAAUACUGUCAGGAGCCUCAUGACAAGCCAGGUACGGGGAGCUGUGUGAAGAAUGGAGAGGCGUUGAAGGAGAAAUGUUCAUUUUUCAACACUACUGUCAGCUGUGAAGAACAAAAGCGAACUACCACAGAGCAUCCCCACCCAACCACAAAGGCGCUUCUACAACCAUCUUCCAAGGAGCCGAAGAAGGUUCCCACGCUUGGCUCGACCACCAGCCCACCAGAAACUCUCCCACCCGAGUUCUACCCUCCCGGCUUCGACUCUGCCAGCUUCAUUGGAGGGAUCGUCCUGGUGCUCAGCAUCCAAGCUGUCGCCUUCUUCGUUGUGAAGUUCCUGCGGUCGAAGGACAACACCUACCAGACGCUGAUCUAAAGGCUGAUCUCGAGGGAGGUGUUUUGACCUAUUAUCGUUGUAGCUGGAAGAGAAGAUGCCUGUUUGGCCAUGUUUGGAAGCCAGGAAAUUCUCUUUCCAUCCGAUGGAACGUCUGAAGGAGAUAAUCUUUAAAAAAAAUCUGCACCUCAGCACCCUGUUACCAAGCCCAUGGUGCUUGGCUUGGAUAUAUGGCUCCUCUAGACUUGAUGCAGAUGUGGUAAUGUAUAUGGUGUAAAUGCAUAUCCACAAGAGCGCACUUAGAGCUGCAAGAAACUUCAUCUGCUUGACUGCGGAUGUAUGUAACUCCGGUUAAGCAUCUCUUCAACCAACUGGACUUUUUUCUUUAUGGUCUCUCUUCAUUGUAAUUAUUAUUCUUAUAAUUCUUGUAAUUCUUAUUCUAAGCCUUUGGUCGUUUUCUUGAUACGAUGGAUCA